AUGGCCAAAUCGAAAGCUCUCGCCGUCCUGGCGGCCAUCUCCAGAUGCGGGCUUGUUAUUGCAGCUCCUCUGGAGACGGCUCCGGAUCUUACUUUUGACUACGUCGUCGUUGGUGGCGGGCCUGGUGGAUUGACUGUUGCCACUCGGCUGUCUGAGGACCCAAACGUCUCAGUUGCCAUUAUUGAAGCUGGCACCUGGUCUCAGUCAGUGACGGGUAACCAGAGCCAGGUCCCUGCGUACGAUUUCUUCUACAAUGGGAAAUCAGCCAAUGACACGAAUCCCUUGGUUGAAUGGGACUUUGUCACGUCGCCACAGGCCGGAAUCAAUGGGCAAUCCGUCCACUAUACCCGCGCAAAGUCGCUCGGAGGGUGCACGAACUUGAACUACAUGGGCUAUACGCAGACUGCCAAGGGGGCCCUCCAAAAGUGGGCGGACACCGUGGGAGAUUCGUCAUACGCCUGGGAAACGGCAUCGAAAUACUACAAGAAGAGUCUGAACUUUACUGGGGCGAUCGAAAAUCGUGAUCUGAGAAAUGUCACGACAUCUGAAUCCCCUGGCUCGAUCUCUGUCGACGGACCUUUGCACGUAUCAUAUGCUUCAUGGGCGCAAAGCUUCAGCACAUGGGUGGCCUUGGCCAUGGAUUCGGAGGGUAUCCCCUCAACCGACGCCUUUAUCAACGGCAACUUGAACGGUUCUUCGUGGCUGACUUCGACAAUCAACCCCACCAACGGCCACAGAGAGUCGGCAGCGACGGCUUAUCUCCAGCCCGUGUUGAGUCGCCAAAACCUGAAGGUCUUCGACCUCACCCUUGGCGAACGUAUCCUCUUCGACGCCAACAAGACCGCAGUAGGUGUGCAAGUCACCACAGGAAACCAAACAUAUACUCUUAAUGCGAAACGAGAGGUCAUUGUAUCCGGUGGCACGUUCAUGUCGCCGCAGUUGCUGCAAGUAUCAGGCGUCGGACCAGCGGACCUGCUGAAGAAGCACAACAUCCCCGUUGUGGCAGACCGACCAGGUGUUGGUCAGAACAUGGGUGAUCACGUCUUUUUCGGCAUUGCGUAUCGUGUUAACCUCGAAACUGCGACCUCGCUAGAGGACCCUGCCACCAUGCUGCAAGCCGAGGAUCAGUUUAACCGCGACGGUACUGGACCACUGUCCAGCCCGGGAGGUGACUACGCUGGAUACGAAAAGAUCCCACAGUCUCUGCGCAGCUCGUUCUCAGCCGCGACUCUCGAGGAACUAGCUGAAGUUCCUGCCGACUGGCCCGAGAUGCAGUACCUGACCCUGCCUACCUUUGUCGGAGAUUUCGAAUCAGCCACUGCUGCUUCUCCGGAUGACGGCUUCAAGUAUGCAACUCUACUGGCAACCCUGAUUGCUCCAUCUUCGCUGGGCAACGUGACCAUUGCUUCGCCAAACAUGUCUGAUAAGCCGAUCAUCAACCCCAACUGGCUUACAACGCAGCGGGAUAUCGAGCUGGUUGUUGCUGGAUUCAAGCGUAUACGACAGAUUUUGGAGGCUCCUGUUAUGGGCAACAUUACCAUUGGCCCAGAAUACUACCCAGGCUCCGCGGUACAGACUGACGAUGAGAUUCACGCUCAAGUCCAAACCAGUUUCAAUACUAUGUACCACGCCAGCGCCUCAUGCAGGAUGGGCAAGUCUAGCGACCCGGACGCAGUGGUGGAUACCCACGCCCGUGUGUACGGAGUGAAGAACUUGCGCGUUGUUGAUGCCUCGGCUUUCCCGUUCGUCCUUCCUGGACUCCCGCAAGCCUCAGUCUAUAUGUUGGCUGAGAAGAUUGCCGAUGACAUCAAGAAUGGCAACUGA